GGCGCUCUAGACAAAAGAACAUCACUUCUGAGGGGAAAUAUGGCGGAGUCAGUCGUCAACGAAACUUUGGCAAAUCUCACAGCGGCUGCCAACGAAACGGCAAAAAAUGCGACUGGAAGAGCCGCUGCGACUCCUGAGGGAAUGCUCACCGCUUACACUGGGCUGAUUGUGAUGGCUUUAUUGCCUAUUUUCUACGGAUCUUUCCGAUCAGUUCAUGCCGUUCUUGAACAGAAGAAAUCGGGAGAGAAACCAGAGAGUAUGACAUCAAAGGAUGCUGCUAUGUUUCCUAUUAUUGCAAGUUGUACUUUACUUGGCCUCUAUAUCUUUUUCAAGAUUUUCAGCAAAGAAUAUGUCAACCUGUUGUUGACCAUGUAUUUUUUUGGUUUGGGAGUGCUUGCCCUGACCCACUUGCUCAGGCCAAAUGUCGAGCGGCUAAUGCCUUCAUUCUUCCCCAAUCAAAACUACACAUUUGACCUGACAGAGGGCACAGGAGACCAAAAAAAAGAGGUAAUGCACUAUGACUUUGAUCGAAUUGAUCUACUCUGUCUGGGAGGCUCAUUUGUGUUUGGAGUCUGGUAUCUUUUAAAAAAGCACUGGAUUGCCAACAAUAUCUUCGGCCUGGCCUUUUCAUUAAAUGGUGUUGAACUGCUACACCUCAACUCCAUCUCCACGGGCUGUAUCCUAUUGGGCGGGCUCUUCAUUUAUGAUAUCUUCUGGGUUUUUGGUACAGAUGUAAUGGUGACUGUUGCAAAGUCAUUUGAAGCACCAAUCAAGUUGGUUUUCCCUAUGGAUAUCUUAGAGAAGGGCUUUGCAGCGAACAACUUUGCCAUGCUAGGACUUGGGGACAUUGUUAUUCCAGGAAUCUUCAUCGCCUUACUACUAAGAUAUGAUGUCAGCAAGCACGGGAGUAAGAGCACUGUGUAUUUCUAUGCCACUUUCAUGGCAUAUUUGGUUGGACUUAUUACCACAGUUCUUGUGAUGCACAAGUUUAAGGCGGCCCAGCCCGCUCUGCUCUAUCUAGUCCCCGCUUGUGUUGGAACCCCACUCACACUCGCUCUGCUACGAGGAGAAAUCAAAGAAAUCUUGAAAUACGAAGACCAUCCCGAUCUUGAUAAUUAUGACGAAAAUAACAAGAAAGAGUCCAGUCCUGGGGAGGCGGUAAAUGGUGAUUCAAAAAAAUCCCAGUAGUGCUCUCCCCCAACCCGUCCCUGGCAUAGCCUCCAUUGCCUCCAUCCAACUCGACCCACUCUAUCUGGCAACCUUCGUCCACUCUGAGCCAUUCUAUCUGGUAUUCAGCUAUUGGUAUUUAUGUCCUCGUAUAUAGUUAGUGGUGUUACCAACUAACGUUGUCAAUAGAAAACUGUUAUAUUAAGGGAAUAAAAAUAAAGAAACUGUCUCAUUCAA